GGCUCGCUCGCAUGCAGCGAGGCAGGCGGCUAGUGGUAGUUAGCGCAGCUCAGGACAUCGACUCGACACGGGAAGCUUUGCGGUCCGCACCCUCCCGUUUGGUGACCACCUCUAUCCCGAGGACGCGCUAUUUGACGGGGACGACGAUUAGGCGGUGAAGAAUGAAAUAAACUGCCACAAAUCUCACCGGUUUGGAUUUUUUCCCUGUUCGCCUCUUUCUUUUCCCCCCCUUCCUCGGGCGCCUACGUAAUUGCUUUUUAGCUUCUUGGGCUAAUUGUGUGUGCUCGCUGGGAAAGAGAAGGCCUCGGGCGUCGUGUUUUGGACGACACUUGAUUCGGAGCGGAGGCCCCAAAAUUCCGGCGUAACACGGCCGGCCUUCGACGCUCGGAUCGGCUAGAACCAUCGGCACCACCACCGGCGGCGGCAACCCGACGAAAGGAUGGCAUUGAAACGGAUUAACAAGGAGCUUCACGACCUGGCUCGCGACCCGCCCGCACAGUGUUCGGCCGGCCCAGUGGGCGACGACAUGUUUCACUGGCAAGCAACAAUUAUGGGCCCUAGUGACAGUCCAUAUCAGGGAGGUGUUUUCUUCUUGACUAUUCAUUUUCCAACAGACUAUCCCUUCAAACCACCCAAGGUGGCGUUCACGACGAGAAUCUACCACCCAAAUAUUAACAGUAACGGCAGUAUCUGUCUGGACAUUCUCAGAUCACAGUGGUCUCCAGCACUUACCAUUUCCAAAGUUCUUCUCUCCAUUUGCUCGCUGCUAUGCGACCCCAACCCAGAUGAUCCGCUAGUGCCAGAGAUCGCACGAGUCUACAAAACAGAUAGCUCCAAGUACACCAAAACGGCGAAAGAAUGGACACAAAAAUAUGCAAUGUGAUGGAGAAAGUGUCCCGGUGGUGGUGGUCGGGGGGCGGGACUCAUUUCUUUGGUUUCAGACUGAAAGGGGUUUAAUUUUUUUUUGUUUGUUUCCUCCUUUGAAUCUAUUUUUGGUUGUUCAAUCCAGAGAAUUUUUCACGGCCUGCCCCUGUUCUCUCCUUGACCUGCCCGUGCGCAAGUUUUGUUCCACAGGACGUGCGGAGUCUUGGUUUGUUUUUGUUUUUUUCCCCUCCAAUCUCCACAGUUGACGAGGCGCAUGCACCAUAGAAGCAAAUGAUCAUCAAGUUCGAGGAUUUGUUUGGCAACACAAAAAAAAAACUUUAGCGUAGGAAGCUGUUUGCGCGUUCACAACAAGCAUCGCAAUCCGGGGACAAAAUAGAAAGCACCUCAAUGUUGUAUUUUAUGCAUGUUAAUAACAAAGAAAAAAAUGGUAGGAAGAAUUGGGUUCCUCUUCCGAGGCGCUUGACCAUCCCCCCCACCCCCUUCCCUCAGAUUUCUUGAAGUCACUAUUGAUGACCUUUUGGCUUUGCCCCCCCUGCCCACCAACACACACACACAAACUGUCUUGUAGUGUAUCAUGUUAAGCUGACGGUUGAUCAUCAACUCACAGCUCUUGUUUUUAGUUUCCCUCUCCAAUAAAGUUACUUCAACCUUAA